UUUGCCUUUGUUUUCUGGAAUGAUCAAACUGGUGCUGAAGGCAAGAGAAAACACUUUUAACCUCCUGAUAACAACAGGAUUUGGCAUUUUAUCAGAUGUCACAUAUUUGGUCUGGGUAUCAGAGGUGCGGGGCCAAUCUGUGAGCGCCUGAACAGCCGGGUAAAGAGGGAAAAUCCGGGCGGCUGCAGUGAUAAACGCACCGCAAGCGUUGGUGUUGGGUGGGUGCAGAGAUAGAGGCCAGGGGUGUCUGGAGCGAGGGGCUGGGCACGGCUCCUGGUUAUAUACACCCUGCCCUGCCCGAGCUGGUGCCGGAGCUGCCAUGGAGCCACCAGCACCCGGGGCCAUGCGGUGGCUGGUGCUGGCCCUGCUCUGCCCCUGGCUCGGGGAGGGGAUGCUGAGGAUCCCCCUGAGGAAAGGCAGGUCCAUGCGGGAGGUGAUGAGAGAGAAGGGAAUGCCGGCGGGUUUCCUGAAGGACCUCAAAGGGGACCCUGGUAGGAAAUACCAGCUCGGUAACGCUGUGGCUUACGAACCGCUAACGAACUACCUGGAUUCCUUCUACUUCGGGGAGAUCAGCAUCGGGACCCCCCCGCAAAAUUUCCUGGUGCUCUUCGACACCGGCUCUGCCAACCUGUGGGUGCCCUCCACCUACUGCCAGACGCCAGCCUGCGGGAACCAUGCCAGGUUCAACCCCAGCCUGUCCUCCACCUUCUCGGACAUCGGUGACCUGAGCUAUGGGUUCGGUGACCUGUCGGUGCUGUUAGGGUACGACACGGUGACAAUCCAGAACAUUGUCAUCAGGAACCAGGAGUUCGGUCUGAGCCUGGAUGAGCCCAGCAGCCCCUUUUACUACCUGGAAUUCGAUGGGAUUUUGGGCAUGGCUUACCCGGGCGUUGCCGUCGGCGGUUUCAACACGCUGAUGCAGAACAUGCUGCAGCAGAACCAGCUCGCCGAACCCAUCUUCAGCUUCUAUUACUCGCGCAACCCAACCUAUAAUUACGGUGGGGAAGUCAUCCUCGGAGGGGUUGACCCCCAGCUAUAUUCCGGAGAGGUUUUAUGGGCUCCUGUGGUUGAGGAAUUGUACUGGAAGAUCGGGAUCGAGAAGUUCUCCAUCGGGCCGUCAGCCACCGGCUGGUGCAGCCAAGGCUGUCAUGGGAUUGUGGACACCGGGACGUUCCUGCUGACCAUCCCGGGACAAUUCAUGUCAGCCUUCCUGCAGGCGCUGGGUGCAGAGGAGAAUGACUACGGGUUUGUCGUCGACUGCAGCGACGUGCCGAGCAUGCCCACCCUGUACUUUGCCAUCAGCGGAGCCCAGUUACCGCUGCCUCCCUCUGUCUAUGUCUUAAACAUCGACGGCGUCUGCACCGUUGGGGUCGAGAGCACGUACGUGGGCUCUGCCAGCGGCCAGCCACUCUGGAUCCUCGGCAACAUCUUCCUCCGGCAGUAUUACUCCAUCUUCGACGUGGCCAACAACAGAGUUGGCUUUGCCUUGUCAGCCUAGGGAUGCUGAGCAUCGCCCUUGGGAUAAUUUGUCCCCGCAAAACCUUAUCCUCCC